CAGAUAUCCCAAUGCGGCGAUUCACACACACGCGUGGGUACCGACGCCUUGCAUCUGCACCCGAGACGUCCUCGAGCUCUGCCACCGACGACUUUGCAACGGACUCGGAUUCUCCUGCACUUGACGAAGAGGAUGGGGACUUGAAUAAGGAUGAGGCACAUGUUACAGCCAGAUUGCUCGGCCGUAAGCCGCGAGCUCUAGGUGCUCCAGGGAAUGAGAAGAGGUUCUGGUUCCAAAGAUCAAAGACUUCCUACGACCCCGACACGAUUGCAACUCAGCCUUCUGUAUUUGAUGACCCGGAGCUUGCGGACGCAUACUGGCCAAGCGAUGAGUGGGAAAAUAUCCAUCGAUUCGAUCCCGAUGAACGCUGGACGUGGGGCGAGGAGCACCGGUUGACCCGGAAGCUCGAUGUCAAAAUUAUGGCCUUUGCUGCGGUCAUGUUCAUGGCGCUGGAAUUAGAUAGAUCAAAUAUCUCGCAGGCCUUGACGGAUAAUUUCUUAGAGGAUCUGGGAAUGACAACUAACGACUAUAAUUUGGGAAACACGCUCUUCAAACUAGCCUUUCUAUGCGCAGAGCUUCCCUCUCAGCUGCUUGCCAAAUGGGUCGGCCCAGAUAUCUGGGUACCUACACAAAUGGUGCUAUGGUCAAUUGUGGGGUCUGCACAAUUCUACUUGAAAGGGAGAGCAUCAUUCCUAGCCUGCCGAGCACUUCUCGGGAUGCUCCAAGGCGGUUUCAUCCCCGAAGUCAUCCUAUAUCUGUCUUACUUCUAUAAGCACCACGAGCUCUCGCUGCGACUCGGCUUCUUUUGGACUGCCGCGGCGUUCGCGGAUGUGCUGGGAGGAUUCCUUGCCUUUGGGCUGUUGCAUCUCCGUGGGGUAGAAGGACAAGCAGGAUGGAGAUGGCUCUUUCUUACUGAGGGCCUUCUCACUCUCGUCGUCGGACUUCUCGCCUACGUCCUCAUGCCAUCGAGUCCAACAUCAACAGCAAGCUGGUUCCGCGGAAAGAACGGGUGGUUCACCGAGCGAGAGGAAAAGAUCAUGGUCAACCGCAUAAUCCGGGAAGACCCAAGUAAAAGUUCCAUGCACAACCGGGAACCUCUUACCCCAGCACUGCUCUGGCAGAGUAUGAAGGAUUACGACCUUUGGCCGAUAUACAUCCUCGGCUUAACCUUUCAGACCCCAAUGACAGCCCCAUCCAAUUACCUGACGCUUUCACUGAGAGGGCUCGGCUUCGAUACCUUCAAAACGAAUUUGCUGGUUAUCCCGAGCAAAGUUCUCCAUGUCAUAAAUAUGCUUGGUCUUACCUACGCUAGUGAGGUAUUUGGGGAACUUACCAUCAUUUCAUUGAUUGGCCAAAUUUGGGCUCUUCCUUUCCUCAUAUUGAUCAAUGUCUUUGAUAUCAACGAAAUGAACAAGUGGGUCGCCUGGGGAGUAAUGACGGCUUUUCUCUGCUACCCAUCCGCUCAUCCAAUCCAAGUAGGUUGGAACUCUCGAAAUUCUAAUACGGUACGCGCGAGAACAGUCUCCGCCGCUCUUUAUAAUAUGAGCGUCCAAACGUCUGGAAUCAUCGCGGCAAAUAUUUAUCGGAAAGACGAUGCACCGCGCUAUCAGCGGGGAAACCACGUUCUCCUCUCUCUCCUCAUAAUCAAUAUCUUCUUGUACUUGGGAACAAAACUGUACUAUAUGAAGAGAAAUGCGUAUCGUGAUAGGAAAUGGGCCGCUAUGACCGAGGAUGAGAGGUUGGAUUACCAGGCGAACACGACUGACGAGGGGAACAAGAGGCUGGAUUUUAGAUUUGCCCAUUGAGGAGGAUUUAAUAUAAGAGACAUCAUAAAUUAGAGUCUCGUGUAAUGGUUGCGAGGAUAGCCGGAGGGGCAUAGGCGAUCAAACGUGUCGUCCCAAGGUACAUCGGUCAACGUUUAGGUUUGGGAAGCAUUGAUGAACCAGCAUGCAAGUCGAACUCACACGGUUCGCACUUCGUCAUCAUCACGGAAGACCAGAGGUAAUUGGUGAAUCAAUUCUUCCAUUUCGAUGUAUGAGACGCGCAGCCUGGUAAUCCCCGAAUACAAUCUGAAUAGUAACCCGUCGCCGAGAAGCUUUAUUGUAUGACGAAUCUGAUAUAUCCCCCACACCCAUACCCAUGAUGAAAAGCCUCGAGAUCUCGAUUCCAAAGCAAGGCGCAGCAGCAAUAAUACAAAUCGCAGUAAGGCGUCGAAAAACGGAAAUGUGUCGUAUCAAGUCUGAUGAUCUAUCGAUCCUACU